CCAUCGUUCCCUGCUUCGAGCUCUCUGCACCAGUCAAGAUGGCGGACAGACCAGUUCCCAUUGUUGAGAAGCGUCUGAUGGACGUGAAACUGGGUGAGCUUGGAACUUGGCUUGGAGGUCGAGACUUCACUCCCAAUGGCAUCAUCGCAUCUGUCCGCAGAGGCCACGACAGAUACUACAACAAGUACAUUAAUGUGAAGAAGGGAGGCAUCGGUGGUGUAGCUAUGCUGCUAGCUGGCUACGUGGCACUCAGCUACAUUUGGGAAUACGACCACCUGAAACACGAUCGCUGGAGGAAGUACCACUGAGGCCCCUCAGCAGCCAUCAGACCAUCGGGGGUUGAACUUGAAUCUCUUUGUUCCUCCUGCUCUUUCUACUCUCAGCUCUCUGUGUUGAAUAUGUGACUGUUCUGACCAAUAAACAAUAAGAAGAUUUAAUUCUGGA